AUUACAGUAUUUAUGAGUGCAAUGGACAAUAGCAGUGAUAUUACGGACAAACCCGCCGAAGUCAUGGAACAUAAGGAAUCUCCCAACGCAGAAGAGAACCACCCCGAAGGCGCACAAGCAAAACAACCAGAAAGUAGCUCAGAAGGUGCAGCCACUUCCGAGCAAACAAAUACUCCUCAAGAGGAAACCAAACAACCUGCCAGCAAUGAGCCCGAAGAGGAGGAUGAAGCGAAGCUGCAGGAAAAACUGCAAACCCUCAAAGGCGAUCGGAUCGGUGAGACGAUGUACUCGGAACGGUUCGUCCUGUCGACCAUCCUGAAGCUCUCGAAGCAGGGCAACCGUCUGCUGGAAGAGGACGAAGAGUUCGAACAGGAUCUGUGCAAUCUGUGGGACAUGACGAUCGAACCGGACGUGGUACGUUUCCUACUGGAGCAGGAUGUGAUCGAACUGUUUCUUGCGCUUGCCGCCGAAUCGGAGGACUUCCGGUUGAUCGAGAUCCUGUUUGGCAUCAUCGGCAACAUGUGCUGCGUGGAGGAGAUGCACGAACUGUUCUAUCGCCAGUCCGCCCUGCUAGUGACUUUCUGUGACUUUCUCUCCAUAUCCGAUGCGCCCGUGCUGGUUCAGCUGAUGCGCACCCUAACGACCCUCUUCGACCGGUCGGACGAUGAACGGUUCCACUGGUUCGGUGUGAUGAAAAGGGUCGACAAUCUGACGGAAAAGCUCGCCCUCAUCCUGGCCACCAGCACGAACCGAGCGCUGCUGGAGCAUACGGCCGAGACGGUGAACGCAAUGAUAAACCGUUUCACCGAGGCGGAAGUAGAUUACGCGCAACUGAACGAGUUUUAUCGUUUGUUUGCAAAGAGCUGCCUGCUGGAGGGACUGUUCGAAGCGUUCAAACAGUUGUACCCCUUGACUGGACGCGAAACCGAGGGCACCUCGGGAGGGUUUGAUGAGGAAACAUUAACGCUGAAGGAUAUUAAAACGAUGCGUCGCUUUCUCGAGAUUCACGAGCACUUUAUCGUGAAUGCGAACGAACUGUACGAAGCGUACGUUAGCGAGGUGGACCAGUGCGUGCAUCGGGUGCUGUGCUCGUUCGUGAAGGAAAGCGUACUGUUUCCGGUUACGAAGAAUCACAUCUGCAUCUUUGUAUCGAUCAGCAAUAUUUACAGCGGCAUUAUGUACCACUUCCGGGCGGAAUCGUUCAUUUACAUGGUGAAAAUCUAUGACCAACUAGCGGAGGCACUGAAAAAUCCACCACCACAGGAAGAGCCUUCGAGUGCGGCGGAGAACAACGGUACGGCGAUGGACGAGGAAGACGCCGCAGACGAUGGCGGAGAGUUUGAUGUGGAAACGGCCUGUGCGGAGGUACGGGAAGCAAUCUUUUUCCUCGUCGGUCCAAUCGACGAGCAAAUCAUACGGGCGGCCAUACAGAUGGGACAGCUGAAGGAGUCCACCUUUGAGCAGAUGUGCCGGGAGUUGCGAGAAACGAUGGAUGGGGAGCCGUUGCUGUACCAAACCUGUGCCAAGCUGAUGAAUGCGGUCCGAUCGACGGGCGCGGAGGAAAGCGACAUUCCAAUGCAGCAAUCCAACAAUGAGGAACAGUAGAGAGUACAUUUAAGCAACUAACAUCAAUACACAUGUUUAAGCCGCAUUUCGAAUGAUUAUAAAAAAACGAUAAUGUAAUGACUGCCAUUUGGAAAAACA